AUGGAUACCUGCAGGGUUAUGCAAAAUGGUUUUCAAUUUGCAACUGGCAAAGAUCGUUGCAUUGUAUUUUUAUUUCAUGGUUGGAAUGUUAAUAAUCAUGUUAAAUAUGCAGUUAUGAUUGUCGGGAUUUUUUGUAUGGGUUUAUUAAAUGGAGCUUUAGCUUAUAUUCGUCAUCGGUUAAAUGAAAAUACUCGAGAAAAUUCAUCUUUAUUAUUAAAUCAAAUAUAUUUAGCAUUAGUUUAUGGAAUUCAAAUAGUUCUUGCUUAUUGGAUAAUGUUAUUAGUUAUGACAUAUGAAAGUGGUAGUUUUAUUUCUCUGAUAUUUGGUCUUGUUAUUGGUUAUUUUAUUUUUGGUUAUAUUCAAGCGAAAAAUCGUCUAUCAAAAAACAAAGUUUCAUUGGCUAAUGAAACAUAUGAAAAUCAAUUUAAUAGUACACCUUGUUGUCAAACAACCGCUUAA